AUGAAACGGCUCUCGUUGAUGGGCAGGAAACACCACAAGGGCGACGCGAACGAAAAGAAGAGGGCAUCUGGAGGAACGGAAAUCUCGCACGCCGUGGAUGGCGCGCCUAAGGACGAAGCCGCCGUCGAGGAGGAAGAACUUAGCGAUGGUCCUGGGCCAAGGCAACUGUUUUUUGGUCUUCCGUUGCCCCGUGAGCUCCAAGACGAGGAAGGGCAUCCGCUCCAGUACUACACACGAAACAAGAUUCGUACCGCAAAGUACACGCCUCUGUCCUUCAUCCCCAAGAACCUGUUCUUCCAGUUCCAAAAUAUCGCCAAUAUCUUUUUCUUGUUCGUCGUUAUCUUAGUUAUAUUUCCUAUUUUUGGUGGUGUCAAUCCUGGGCUGAACGCAGUCCCCCUAAUCUUUAUUAUUGUUGUCACGGCCAUCAAGGACGCGAUCGAAGACUACCGGAGAACGAUCCUCGAUAAUGAACUCAACAACGCGCCGGUCCACCGCUUGCUGGGCAGAGAAAACGUCAACGUGGAAGAGGACAAUGUUUCUUCGUGGCGAAAGUUCAAGAAGGCUAACUCUCGGUUCUUCGGCUCGGUAUGGCACAGCAUUGAAGGGUUGUGGAAAAAGAACGACGAGUCUCGGCAAACCUUCACUUCGGCGGACCCGCGCAUGUCCAUCGAGACCACGCACACGCCCUGGGAACCGAGCGCUUCACCUCGCAACCGCAAAUCGGUGGCUUCUGCCCACGAAGAUAUCCAGAUGACCCCAGUCCCAUCGCCAGUCCCAUCGCCUGUGCCUCGCGACCCGGAUAUGCCCACCAUCUCCUCUGCAAUGGACGACGAGACCAUGCUUAUGCAGAACCUGAAGGGUGAUUUGAUCAACACGGAUGUCACCGUUUCUGGGAAUGCUCGGUUCCACCGCGAUGCUUGGAAGAAUUUGGUUGUCGGUGAUUACGUGCGCAUUUACAACAACGACGAGCUCCCAGCCGAUAUCAUCAUCCUGGCGACCUCCGACCCGGACGGGGCGUGUUACGUGGAAACCAAGAACUUGGAUGGCGAGACUAACCUCAAGGUUCGAUCCGCGCUUCGGUGUGGGCGGACAUUGAAGCACGCACGCGACUGUGAGCGUGCCCAGUUCGUCGUGGAGAGCGAGCCGCCGCAGCCCAAUCUCUACAAGUACAACGGCGCGAUCAAGUGGCAGCAAAGAGUCCCUUGGGAUCCUAAGGCCGAUCCAAGAGACAUGUCCGAGCCCAUCAGUAUCGACAAUAUGCUUCUGCGAGGCUGCAAUCUCCGCAACACCGAAUGGGCGCUGGGCAUCGUCGUUUUUACCGGUCAUGACACCAAGAUCAUGAUGAAUGCCGGCAUUACGCCCAGUAAGCGGGCCCGCAUUGCGAGGGAGCUCAAUUUUAACGUCAUCUGUAACUUCGGCAUCCUUCUCAUCAUGUGUUUGAUCUCGGCCAUCGCCAACGGCAUCGCGUGGGGUAAGUCGGACGCGUCCUUGACUUGGUUCGAGUGGGGAUCCAUUGGUGGCACGCCCGGCUUGACUGGUUUCAUCACUUUCUGGGCUGCCGUCAUUGUUUUCCAGAACUUGGUCCCGAUCUCGCUUUACAUUUCGCUCGAAAUUGUCAGAACCCUGCAAGCAUUCUUCAUCUACAGCGACGUUGGAAUGUACUACGACAAAAUCGACCAGCCGUGUAUCCCCAAAUCCUGGAACAUUUCGGAUGAUGUUGGCCAGAUCGAGUACAUCUUUUCGGACAAAACGGGUACCCUUACGCAGAACGUCAUGGAGUUCAAGAAGGCCACCAUCAAUGGCCAGCCAUACGGCGAGGCGUACACGGAGGCCCAAGCCGGCAUGAACAAGAGGUUGGGAAUCGACGUCGAAGAGGAAGCGGCGACGAUCCGAGCCGAAAUCGCCCAAGCCAAGGUCAGGGCGAUCCGUGGCCUUCGCGAACUUCACGACAACCCGUACCUCCACGAAGAGGACUUGACUUUCAUCGCCCCCGAUUUUGUCGACGACCUCGCCGGAAAGCAUGGCCCCGAGCAACAACAAGCGAACGAACACUUCAUGCUGGUACUCGCCCUUUGCCACACCGUCAUCGCUGAGAAACAACCGGGCGACCCCCCCAAGAUGCUUUUCAAGGCGCAAUCCCCUGAUGAGGCAGCGCUAGUGGCCACGGCACGAGACAUGGGUUUCACCGUUCUUGGCUCCUCCAGCGAUGGGAUCGAGGUCAACGUCAUGGGUACCGACAGGCAUUACACGAUUCUCAACACCAUUGAAUUCAACUCGAGUAGAAAGAGGAUGAGUGCGAUCGUCAAGAUGCCGGAUGGCAAGAUUAUGCUUUUCUGUAAGGGGGCUGAUAGUAUCAUCUAUGCGCGUCUUAAACGAGGCGAGCAGGCCGAACUUCGCCAAGAGACGGCCAAGCAUCUGGAGCUGUUUGCCGUGGAGGGUCUCCGCACACUCUGUAUCGCCCAAAAGGAGCUGACGGAGCAUGAGUACCGCGAAUUCCGGAAAGAGCACGACCUUGCAGCAACUGCCCUGGAGAACCGUGAGGAGAAGCUGGAGGAGGUGGCCGAUAGGAUCGAGCGUGACCUCACCUUGCUUGGAGGAACCGCCAUUGAGGAUCGUCUUCAAGAUGGCGUUCCGGAUACCAUUGGGCUGUUGGGCGACGCCGGGAUCAAGCUUUGGGUUCUCACUGGCGACAAAGUUGAGACGGCCAUCAACAUCGGCUUUUCCUGCAACCUCCUGAACAACGACAUGGACCUCCUCCGUCUGCAGGCCCAGGAAGACGAGGCCGGCUUGACAACCGAGGAAGAAUACAUCGCCAUGGUCGAAGAACAACUUAACGCUGACCUCGCCAAGUUCCGGAUGACGGGCAGCGACGAGGAACUGAAGAAGGCGAUGAAGGACCAUGAACCCCCAGCGGCCACGCACGCGCUCGUCAUCGAUGGGUUCACGCUGAGAUGGGCUCUCAGCGACGCCUUGAAGCAGAAGUUCCUGCUGCUGUGCAAACAGUGCAAGUCGGUGCUUUGCUGCCGUGUCAGCCCUGCACAGAAGGCCGCCGUUGUUGCCAUGGUCAAGACGGGCCUCGAUGUCAUGACGCUUUCCAUCGAAGCGGACGUCGGCGCUGUCAUGUCGGCCGACUAUGCCAUUGGACAGUUCCGCUUUCUGCAGAGAUUGGUGCUGGUUCACGGCCGGUGGUCGUACCGGCGGCUGGCGGAAUCGAUCAGCAACUUCUUCUACAAGAACAUGGCCUUCACCGACUUCGACAUCUCGUACAUUUUCGAGUACACGUAUAUCCUCAUGUUCAACCUGUUCUUUACCUCGGUCCCCGUUAUCCUUAUGGGCGUCUUGGACCAGGAUGUGAGCGACGCGGUUUCGCUGGCGGAGUGGACUCAAACCAAGUUCUGGGCGUACAUGAUCGAUGGUAUUUACCAAUCGGUGAUGAGCUUCUUCAUCCCGUACAUCUUUGUGAUCUUGACAACUACUGCGGCCCACAAUAGCUUCGAUGUCGCGGAGCGCACGCGAUUGGGAUGUUACAUUGCCCACCCGGCGGUCUUAACGAUCAACUCAUACAUCCUGAUCAACACCUACCGAUGGGACUGGCUCAUGCUUUUGGUUGUUCUUAUCAGCGACGUCUUCAUCUUCUUCUGGACCGGCGUCUACACUGCGUUCACAUAUGCCGCCGGCUUCUACCAAGCAGCGCCGCAGAUCUACCAGGAGUUGACGUUCUGGAUGUGCCUGAUUGUCACCCCCGCUAUCUGCCUGCUACCACGUGUGGUGAUCAAGGCGAUCCAAAAGCAGCGGUUCCCGUACGACGUGGACAUCAUCCGCGAAAAGGCGAAUCGGGGCGACUACGCCGAGGUCGACGCAGCUGUGGUUGCCGCGGCCGCAGCGGGCACGCCCGAGGGUGUGGAAGGCGGAUCGGCCAAGUCUUCGUCGUCGUCUGGGAAGCUGUCUGGCCGCAGUAGGAAAGCUAAGCACGCCCAGUACGCCAGUGUGGACGAAGACCGGCGCCCGAUCUACCCGCCCUCCAUCGCGACGCACAACACGCGCACGCAAAACGGCAGCGACGGAACGACAUACAUCAUGAGCCGGGCCUCGGCGGAGCUGCAACAGCAACAGCAGCAACAACAACAACAAGACGAAAUCGGAGAAGAGCCAGAGCGGGCCGUCACCCGCCCAUCAAUAGACCGCUGCCGUCCGUCGUACGACCGAGUGCGACGAUCGAUGGACCGGGUGCGACCCAGCUUCGAGGCAAGUAACGAUUUCACCUCGGCGGCGCGCCUCAGCCGGAUCGAAUCGACGCAUUCGGCACAAGGACUGCCGGGCCAGCGGCGGUUUGCUAACGAGGAAGCGAUGGAAAAGUUGAGAUCCGUUCAAUCUCUACACCGGACAGCUUCAGCAGCGACAAUGGCAAGCAGCGUACCGGAGAAGCUGAUCGAGCAGCUCCGUGCCACGGCCGAUGAACUCGGGUUGCCCGAGCUCCGUGAUCUUCCCGACCUUACCAAGUAUACUCUCCCAUUCCUUGGGACGGCGCUUGCUGCUCUCGUCGUCCUCUACCUCGUCCUGCGAGAGAACGACCAACCGAUCCGGUACAUCAUCCCGUCACCCAAGACACCCGAGAACGCUGAGAUUCUGGAGGAGCCCACAAUUAAGGCCCCAGGAUCAACCGCCGUCCAGUGCUAUGCCCCCGCGACAGGACAAUUCCUCGGCUUCGUGAACCCCUCGACCCCAAACGCCAUUGACCGCGCCGUCGAGCAGGCCCAGACCGCACAAACCAAGUGGGCGACCACCUCGUUCCGGGAGCGCCGCGCCGUGCUGCGAACCAUCCUUCAGCAUGUACUCGACAACCAGGAAGAGAUCUGCCGCGUGGCCUGCCUCGACAGCGGCAAGACCAUGGUGGACGCCCAACUCGGCGAGAUCCUCGUGACGGUAGAAAAACUCCAGUGGACCAUCAGCCACGGCGAAAAGGCCUUGCGGCCCUCCCGACGCCCGACCAACCUCCUCAUGGCCUACAAGCGCAACACAGUCUACUACGAACCCCUCGGCGUCGUGGCCGCCCUCGUCAGCUGGAACUACCCCUUCCACAACUUUAUCGGCCCCGUCAUCAGCGCCCUCUUCUCCGGCAACGGAAUCCUCGUCAAAGUCUCGGAACAAACCGCCUGGAGCUCCCCCUACUUCACCUCCAUCGUCCGCGGCGCCCUCGCCGCCCACGGCCACGACCCUUCCCUCGUCCAACCCGUCGUCUGCUGGCCCCAAACCGCCAACCACAUCACCUCCCACCCGGGCAUCUCCCACAUCACCUUCAUCGGCUCCCGCCCCGUUUGCCACAAAGUCGCCGCCUCCGCCGCCAAAGCCCUCAUCCCCGUCUGCGCCGAACUCGGCGGCAAAGACGCCUCCCUCAUCCUCGACAGCCUCCCCGCCCACGACCUCCCCCGCGUCAUCGAAAUCCUCCUCCGCGGCUCCUUCCAAGCCGCCGGCCAAAACUGCAUCGGCAUCGAACGCAUCAUCGCCACACCCCAGAUCUACCCCCGCCUCAUCUCCCUCCUCACCCCGCGCGUCCGCGCCCUCCGCUGCGGCCCAACCCCAGACGCCGACAUCGGCGCCAUGAUCUCCGACACCUCCUUCACCCGCCUCGAAGCCCUCAUCUCCGACGCCGUCUCCCACGGCGCCCGCCUCCUCGCCGGCGGCACCCGCUUCACCCACCCCGACCACCCGAAGGGCCACUACUUCACCCCCACCCUCCUCGUCGACGUCACCCCGGACAUGGCCAUCGCCAACGAGGAAUGUUUCGCGCCCAUCAUGGUCCUGAUGCGCUGCCCCGACUCCUCUUCUUCCUCCUUACUUAAGAUAGCGAAUAGUCCCAACUUCGGCCUAGGCAGCUCAAUUUUCUCCUCCCCCACCGACCCCCUCCUGCCCUCACUCAUCCACUCCCUCAAAGCAGGCAUGGUAGCCGUCAACGAUUUCGGCGCCACCUACGCGGUUCAACUCCCCUUCGGCGGUGUCUCCGGAUCCGGAUACGGCCGGUUCGCAGGGGAGGAAGGGUUGCGCGGACUAUGUAAUAUCAAGGCUGUUUGUGAAGACCGGUGGGUUGUGCCUGGGUGGGUGUUGGGGCUUGCUGGGUGGGGGGUGAGGACGGCGAUUCCGGGGGCGAUGCAGUAUCCGAUUGGGGAUCAGGAGAGGAGUUGGAGGUUUGCGAGGGGGGUUGUGGAGGUUGGGUAUGGGAUGGGGGUUGGGAGGAAGUUGGGCGGGGUUUGGGGGAUUGUGAAGAAUAGUUAG